AUGCAAACUCUGAUUUCACACUCGGAGCGAGAUUAUAUUCUUCAUGGCGUGGAAUCUAAUCUUCGCGCUGACGGUCGAGGACGUCUCGAUUAUCGACAAGUGACUUUUGAAACUGGAUUAAUUUCUCAAUGUAGUGGAAGUGCUAGGUGCCGACUUGGUGAAGGAACUGACGUUUUGGUUGGGGUAAAAGUGGAGAUCGGACAAAUAGAGGUCGAUGGUGCGGAAGAGGUGGUUAAUGAUAAAAAAGCAAAGCGAGGAAGGGUUGUAUGUAACGUUGAAUGUUCACCAAUUGCGUCGCAGCAAUUUGCAGGAAGGGGCGCAGAAGAUUACAAUAAUGAACUGACGCAGAUAAUGGAGCUUAUUUUCAAUGGACCUCAAGCUGGAAUUGAUCUUGAGAAAUUGUGUAUAGUACCUGGUAUUUGGCGUGAUGUCAUUCAUUACAAUAUUGUCGUUGCUCAUAAUCGUUAUCAUGCUGAGCAGGUGCUCGAUUAUGCUGGAAAUAUUUUGGACACUAUCUUCUUGACAACACGCGCCGCUCUUUACAAUACCCGAGUUCCAAAAACAAUAGUGCAGGAAGUGGAAGGAAUGAUGGAAAUUGAAGUGCUGGAUGAUGUGCAAGAGGCCGAGAGGAUUGUUGGAUGGGAACAAAUUCCAAUUGCCGUAACUCUAAAUAAGAUAGGAUCUCGCCAUAUAAUUGACGCUACACCGCUAGAAGAACUUGCAACAGAAGCAAAACUUUUAGUAAGCGUGAAUAAACAAGGUAAAAUCUGUGGAAUGCAAAAGAGUGGCGAGGGUAGCAUCGAACCAAGUUUAUUGAAUGAAAUGAUUCAGACUGGCCGAACGAUUGGACAGAAAAUCAUUGAGGCUUUUGAUGUCCGACUUCGGGAAGAAGAGGUGGAGUCGUUAAAGAGUUCGAGUAGAGGAGGUGGACAGAUUAAUAUUCAGAAACUUGGAUUUUUUGCUGCAACAUAA